GAAUUAGGUUGUCUGCAUUUCUUUGGGCGCCACAAGAUGUUAUGGACCGAAGACUUUGCCAGACAACUCAACAUCAAAGCUAUUUUGGCAAUCUUGAAUAGUUUGUUUCAGAACCAUGGGCGUUUUAAUAAUUAUAGUGAUGAAGUACUACUGCUAUUGGAAUUUCCUGUUUGUGUGUUUUUGGAAAAUGCAGUAGAAAACUUCUUUGAAGAGUUUGCACAAAGUGCCCGAGCAGUCUGUGAACAAAGUGGUAGAACGGUAGGGAAUUGGUUCGAUAUUGAUUUUGUCUUGGAGAAAUUGUUUGGGAAGCGACUCGAUGUCUCAGAUUUGUUACAGUUGGCUCAGCGUGUGAGUACAGGAAAGCAUCCUGUUUAUAAAAGAAAGCGAAUUCCUGCCAAUACUUUGGCCUUUGAAGAAAGAGAUGGUCUUAGUGAGUGGACCCCGAGAGAAAGAUGGAUGCCACCGUUGCCGCCUCAGUAUACGUAUAGAUCACAUCAAAUUUAUUAUCCAACACGUAUACUUAGACUGGAAGAGGAUAGACAAGCGUUUUUGGAGCAGAAGCUUGAGGUUGAAAGACUAUUAUUGGCUGAAGAGGAAUGGACAAAUACUGAUGUGGCGACUGUAUGUAACUUGAAUACGCUACCUUUCUUCAAGAAGAAGUCUCUAGAGGAGGAUAGUUUGGAAGACGAAAAGGAGUUGUUAGAGUUCCUUUUCGAAGAGAAUAUCAAGGAACAGCCUAUGAAGGCUACAGAGAAUAUCAAAGUCGAUAGGCAAUUGCUGGUACAACGUUUUGAGAGGAUAAUGAGUGAUGUCGAUAAUUUUAUCGAGUAGAUUUAACUUGUAUUUGUGUUCUUUGGGUGGUUGUUUAGAUUCUGGUGUUCUGUAUUUUAUGAAGUAUUUAUUGUUAUCAUCAGAACGUGUAGCUAAUAAUCAGUUUGUUCGCCCAAGGAUAUUUUCGAAUAUUCCCUAGUCGUACUUGCUUUUGUGAAUAAGUUUUUAACAAAGACAUAUUUUGUUUCUAAAAGAAAUGAAUACUUGUAUUAGAAAUAAUUAUC